ACUACUAACCUUAUGAGAUUAUUAGUUUCCGUUUGUUUCACUCUAACUUAGAAAAAGAAAAAAGACAGAAAAAACAAGACAAUGGCAACAUGCAUGAAUUUCACCGCUGUCAUCUAAUGCAAAAUAGUUGUAUUUCAUUCUUGACUCUUUCUUCUUGAAAACUAACAAAACUAGGGGUCACUUUUUGUCAACAUUCUUAAUUUUUAGGUUGUUAUAUCAUUCAUCACAAUGGUUGGUUAAUGGUAAAUGGAAUUGUUCAAAAGCAUCUUCUUAUUCAAUGAAGCUGUUCUUGUCUUUGCUUCCUCUUAUUCUUGUUGCAGUUUUUGGGCUUGUUUCUAUAAUGAGUCCAGAAGAGAGAGAAAAGGUUGUGGACUUGAGAUCUGAAGCGGUGGUGGAAAUGGUGGGUGCUGACAAUGCUUUCAAUCUUUCUUCUUCAACGCCGUUUCUUGUCCAUACUAUUCAAACACUUCCACAAUCUAACGAAACAGAAGUUGUCAACAUUUCCAAACCUUGGCUCAACAGUACUGAUCCAUUGAAUGAAACUUAUGUGCCUCAUUCAAGAAAGCUCAGCAUCUUAGAUAGAACAGAAGCUGGUUUAUUACAAGCUCGAGCCGCCAUUAGAGAAGCCAUCAAUAGCAGUCAAACAGAAGAUCUGGAUUAUGUUCCAAUAGGUCCAAUGUAUUGGAAUGCUAAGGCAUUUCACAGGAGCUACUUAGAAAUGGAAAAACUGUUCAAAGUAUUCGUCUACGAAGAAGGGGAGAUCCCAGUUUUCCACAAUGGACCUUGCAAAAGCAUAUACUCUAUGGAAGGGAACUUUAUCCAUGCUAUUGAAAUAAACGACAAAUUUCGAACGAGGGAUCCUGAAAAAGCACAUGUGUUUUUCCUUCCAUUCAGCGUGGUAAUGUUAGUCAGAUUCGUUUAUUUAAGAGAUUCUCGUGAUUUUAGCCCUAUAAGAAAAACUGUUACGGAUUAUAUCAAUGUCAUUUCUGAAAAAUAUCCGUAUUGGAAUCGAAGCCUUGGAGCUGAUCAUUUCAUGCUAGCUUGCCAUGAUUGGGGGCCAGAGACUUCAUUUUCCGUACCAUACCUCCACGAGAACUCCAUUCGCGUACUAUGUAACGCCAACACCUCUGAAAAAUUCAACCCUGCAAAAGAUGUUUCAUUACCCGAAAUCAAUCUCCAAACAGGUUCGAUAAAUGGUUUUCUAGGGGGACCGUCAGCAUCUAAACGUUCGGUUUUAGCUUUCUUUGCAGGAGGACUUCACGGUUAUAUAAGAUCGAUUCUUCUUGAACAUUGGGAAAACAACAAGGAUCCAGACAUCAUGGUUCAAAAGUAUCUUCCAAAGGGUGUUUCUUACUAUGAAAUGUUAAGGAAGAGUAAGUUCUGUCUCUGUCCAAGUGGUUACGAGGUGGCUAGUCCGAGAUUAGUCGAGGCAAUUUACACAGGUUGUGUUCCAGUGCUUAUUUCAGAUCAUUAUGUUCCUCCGUUUAGUGAUGUUUUGAAUUGGAAGUCUUUUUCGGUCGAGGUUUCGGUUGAGGAUAUUCCGAAGUUGAAGGAUAUUUUGAUGAGAAUAACUCCGACGCAGUAUAUAAGAAUGCAGAGAAGAGUUGGACAGAUUAGGAGACAUUUUGAGGUACAUUCUCCACCAAAGAGAUUUGAUGUGUUUCAUAUGAUACUUCAUUCUGUUUGGCUUAGAAGAUUGAACUUUAGAGUCCAUGAUGAUCAAUAAAUAAGUUCUCAUAAGUCUUAAUUUGUGACCAUGUUUCACAUUUUAUUACUUCCAAAUGUUAGUGUAAUGUAAUAUCUAUGGAGUGAUUCUAUGUAUUUAUGUUCUGUAUAUUUAUAUGCAUGAAAAAUAAUAUUAUGGAAAUUUAGAAUAA